AUGUCCGAUUUCGUGCCGGAAACCGAGGAAAAUGAGGAGGAAACAAAACCAGAGCCAAACAAGCCAGUUGUGGUAGAUCAAAAUUUCGCGCGCCGCUUUUUGAACAAUAAAUGGUAUGGGAAGUAUGGAGAGGAUGGCGCGCUUUUGGAGCAUUUAAACGAUGAUUGGGUGCCUGUGGCGGAGGAUGAGCAAGAGUUUUUGAGCCAAUUAUGGUUCGAGCAGGAGGAGCAGGAGAAAAAUGCUCACAAACACUACGAUUGGGACGAGGAGAAGAAGGAGUGGGUGCCGAAACCGACGAGUUCUGAAGAGGUCAACGAGGACUUUAUAGCAGAAUAUCAGGCGAAUUACGGUGUUCAAUAUGAUGAUAUCUACAAAAAAAUGGACGAAGAGCUGCACGAGAAAGCGGCAAAAGCGCAAAAAGAGGUCGAGGAGAAAAAGGAGCAAAAGAAGCGAAAAAAGCAAGGAUUGCCAACGGAAGAAGCGAAAAAAGAGGGUUGGAUCGAUUUGGGUGAUAAGGUUCAUGCGGUUUAUGUCUCGAAUUUACCAUCCAAUAUUACCGAUGAUGAGUUCCAAGGUUAG